AUGGCUAAUCUGGAAGAUGCAGGCAAGGGAGACAAGAAGCCGGAAGGUUUCCCAUUGACGAGGUCAGAAGGGCUCAUUCUGGUCAUGGAUACCCCAAAAGGACGAGGGGUAUUCGCCAGUAAAGAUAUUCCAGGACGAACGGUCCUCGAUGUCUCCCCAGUGCUUGUUUUGGAUCCGGUGGAAAACGAGAAACACAUUAAAAACACCAUGUUGUUCAAUUACACAUACAACUGGCCACACACUACUUCUGCAGCUAAGAUGAACGACCAUGAUACGCCUUCAAAAUCACCAUCGACUACGCAGGCUGUCAUCCUUGGUCUCGGAAGCAUGUUCAACCACUCAACCCUCCAUCAAAAUGUCGGCUGGGAGCGAGACAUAAAAAACCUUCUCGUAACCUACAUUGCACUUCGAGAUAUCAAGGCCGGAGAAGAGCUGUGUAUUUCCUAUGGUCAAAGACUCACAUUUAAGGAUAAGGACGAAGAGGAGAUAGAGCCACAGACAGAAGACUGGGCAGAUGUCAUGAAUAUAAUUGACUUGAUUGGUUGA